AUGGCUCGCUGCUUCAUGCUUCUGGCCGCCCUGGGCCUUGCGAUGUGCGAGGCCUUCGUGGUGCCGGUGGAGCCCCCCUCGCAGCCUGCAACACCGCGACGCCUGCCUAGCAGGAUGGAGACUGUGGAGGCUCCGAGUGACGCCAGCGCUGCUGGCCAGGCUGUGGUCCUGAGCAUGCUGGCCGGAUUGAUUGUGGGCCUCGCCGCGCCUGCAAGCAGCUGGGCAGAGGAUGCGGCGCCGGCAGUGUCGCCGAAGGAAGCGCGAGCUGCCAAGUUCAAGGAGGAGAUGCAGAAGGCAAGCGCCAAGCUCCAGGCAGCUCCCAGCAAGGAGGAGCGGCUGAAGAAGUCCCAGCAGCAGCUACAGGAGUACUCCAAGAAGGCUGACACUGAGUACACCUCGCCUUAA